AUGCAAAUGAAUGAUUUUUAUGUGAAUGUUAAGUUAGCAUUAUUUGGUAGAAAAUCUUUUGGUUUUUACUCUUCGAAAAAAGAAAAACUUUUAGAUUCUCGUAUUGAUAGAUUAAUAGAUGAUACUUUGAUGCCAGUAAUAAAAAAUAAGAUUUCUAACUAUAAACCUAAUUAAAAUUAGGAUUUUUUAGAUAUAUAUAUUGAGACAUAUCUUAAUUAAAAGGCAAAUGAACCAAAGAUUACAGAAUUAGAAUUAUGUUAAUUAUUUGUUUCAAUUGUUUCAGCAGGGACUGAUACAUCAUCACAUUAAAUAGCAAUAACUCUUUAUUAUUUGGGAUUAGAUAGAAAAGCAUAAGAGGAGAUAAGAUAAGAAUUAGUAAAUGUAGUAGGGGAUGAAUUAGACAUUUAACCAUAACAUUUAAAUAAGUUGGCUCUUUUGAAUGCAUUUAUUUAUGAAGCCUUUAGAAUUAAAAAUACUGUUAUUCAACCAUUGACUAGAAUAGCUAAAGAAUCUCAUUUUAUUAAAAAUUUGAAAAUUGAGAAAGGUCUAUCACAUUAUUAAUUUUAUUAGGUACUUAUGUAUUAUAGUCUAUAAAAAUAGUCAUCUAUAGCUGCAUUAACAACUGCUCCAAAUUGGAGUGAUAAGUAUUUUAGUGAUCCAAAUAAAUUUGAUUAUAAAAGUUGGUUAAAUUAAAGACCAAUUAAAGAGGAUAAUGGAUAUGUAUUUGUUCCUUUUUCUGCUGGAGGUAGAAAUUGUAUUGGUUAACAUAUGGCAAUGAUGACUAUGAAAAUUAUGAUUGGUUAAAUUUUAAGAAAAUAUGAUGUCAUGGUAGAUUAAACUGUGUAAGUAACAUACCCUUUAGUAUUGUUUAUUCAAUAUUCAUCUAAAGAUCUAGUCAAAUUAGAAAAGCGUAAGCCAUGA